CAGACACUACACUACAACAUACGAGGAAUGACGCUCACAUUUUCUUGCACAAAACUUCGAUAUCGGACGCAUUAUCGUCUGUCUAAGUAGUUGUUCAGCCGGGAUGUUUUGCCGUUCAAUUGGCACCAAUACAGACCCUUGCCGAUGCCUACGAGGACCAUCACACCACGACUGAUGGAGGAAAUUACUUCAUUGUCAACUGCGACGCCGACAUUUCAGUACAAUUGGCAAAUGAUUAGGGCACACAUUACUCGCCAGUGACGGAGGCAGAUGCAACACGUUGAAGGACUGCCCUCAUAACGUUCUAGAUUGAAAUUGGGAUUGAAUAGACUAUCAAGUCGAAUGAACAAGGAGUCUCGCCGGCUGAUUAUCGCUCGACGAUGUCUCCGUGAAUAUAGAUGACACUGGCAAGAGAGUGGGAGGAAAAAGUGAACGAGUCCAGAGUGUUGGAAGGAAAUCAAUGGUGGUGGGAAGAAACGUCCAAUAUACUGCCGAUCAAUUCAAUCGUAACUUCAUAAGAUCAACAUCAUUUCAUUCAUCGACUUCAUCGUCCGACCCCAAUACGACCCAGUGACCUCGCCCUCGGUACCGUCCGCCACAUAUACUAACAUGGAAUCUGUCGUCCUUGAAACUAGUUUGGGUGAUAUUCAGUUGGAACUAUAUUGGGACCACGCACCACGGACAUGCAAGAACUUUGCGGAACUGGCAAGACGAGGCUACUACAAUGGUGUCGUCUUCCACCGCAUCAUUGCCGAUUUCAUGAUACAGACAGGUGAUCCUACCGGAACAGGCAGAGGUGGAACGAGUAUUUACGGUCAGAAAUUCCAAGACGAGAUUCACCCUGACCUUCGUUUUACCGGAGCCGGUAUCCUUGCCAUGGCAAAUUCUGGCCCUAACACUAACGGCUCACAGUUCUUCUUGACCCUGGCCCCUACGCCGUUCCUUGACAAUAAGCACACCAUCUUUGGACGAGUGAGUUCUGGCAUGCGGGUGGUCCAACGACUCGGUGCCGUCGCCACGGAUGCCCAGGAUCGACCACGGGAAGACGUAAAGAUUUAUAAAGCUCGUGUCGUAUGAAAGUGCCAACGUCCUUGCUCCAAAUUGUAUUAUACUGUGUCUUAUCCAUGACCGAGUGUGGCCUUUGUCAGUCAAAUUUCACCGGACCUUGUGGUAUGUGUGCAUGAGGCAAAAUCAAGAGCUCGCUACUUUGCGGUCAACUUGACGCAUACUUCUCACAGGGAACAGUAUGACUUGAUGGACAUCUGUUCUAGAGGUUUCUGUUCAUCGCACAUAACAUACUUCCGAAUGCCACGACUCUGCAUUGGAGUAUCACCGGAGUAACAAGGAGAUUGACUACUGCCCUAGAUAGUAGCGUGGAUAGCAUUAUGACUUCUUUUCACCGAAGCAUGCCAUAAUCCUUAGACACCCUGCGCUUAUUUUCCUAUCAUAUCUACAGGCACUCAGUCGGCGUAAGCCGUUAAGACACCGGGGCCAUGGUAUCUUACCGGUAGAUACCAAACCUGUCUCUGUUUUCAACCAACGGAUCGGAAAGUCCUAUCAUGUUCCUCGAGAAGUUUGUUACCGUUCCCAGUGAAUG